AUGUUUACGGAUGAUGAUGGAAGCUUCGAUCAUGCCUCCUUUUCAAAUUAUUCCUUUCAGUAUCAGAACAAUGAAAGUUUCACUGGUCUGUCAUCCGUUUGGAACAACUUAGAUGAAUCCGACGACUCUAAUGAUCUGGAAUUAGGAGGGCUUGGUGCUCUCAGAUUUUCAACCCUUCACUCCCAUUCUUUUCUCGAAAACAUUGGCGAUAAAAAACAAUCAAAUAUAACUUUAGAAUUUUUGCAGCAUUUAGAUGACGUUACGGAGCAGUGCACGCAAAAGAUUCGGAGAGAGCGAGAGAAGUUCUCUCCCUUGAAAAGCAAAAAGCAUUGCCAAAAAGCUUUAGAGAAAUAUUUCUUCAAUUUGAAUUCCCAGCAAAAAGAGUUUGAAUCUUUCAUUGCCAAUAUCAAAAGUCAGUAUGUCUAUUCGCCCAGUACGAGCCUGGAGCCGUAUUCGAAGGAUCUUGCGAUGAAGCUGAUAAAAAAUGAGCUGAAGAUGUUUGAACAUUUUUUUCCGGCAUAUGGACACCGAAAUGAAGUUUUGAAUAUGAUACAGCAAAGCAAAGUGAUUGUGAUACCAUCUGAAAGUCACUAUUAUUUCAACGUCGUACUGCCGCUGCUAAUUAAUAAUUCAAUGUCUGAUCAUUCGGUCGUGUGUUGUGAAUCGAGUUCCAUAUCAAGAUCUCUGUUAAUCAGCAAAAUUAAUAGCAUAUUAGAAUGCCAGACUCAAACAAAUUUUUCUAGUUCCGCAUAUUCCAUUAAUCGGAUAAGUAUUUUAUCCGUUGACAGGUUGUUGAAAUGUAUAUCGAACGUACAUUCUUUUCAAGAUGGAAAUACAAUUUUUAUUAUUAAUCUUCAGCUGAAAAGAUUUUUAAAUGUUGAUCUUUUGAUGGCCAAUGUACAUGAGCUCUUGCAAAAGCGAGAGAACAUGAAGCUCAUUUUACUUAUUUCUAUGUACGAUGAUGAUCGUAAAUUCUGUUCCUAUUUUUCCGAGUUUUCGCCUUCCACGUUCCGUGUGCCGACUCUGACUUUCCCCGUCAAGGUCGUCUGGAAGAGUGCCCCCUUGGCUGUGGAGAACGACUAUGUCGGUGAAGUUAUCCGCACAAUCGUUUCGAUACUCGUUUUGAAUGAGCUUGGCGAUAUACUUGUUUUCGUGCCUACCCUUUCAGAAGCCAAAAAAACUACUACUGCCUUAUGUGAAAGAUUGGAACUAUAUAACUUGCAAAAUGUGGAAUAUGUGUUGUUUGAUAAAAUCAACUUGGAAGCUGAUAAUAUGGAAAUGCUAUUACAGAAACAGAGUAUUAGGAAAAUAUAUUUUGCUACUAGCUCUUUUGAAGUUAUUCUUGUGCCUACAAUACGUUACGUUGUUGAUGUUGGGUUGAACUUUGACCUCUGUUUUGAUUCUGAUAAGAAUGUUGACUCUUGUAUUUUAAAUUUUAAUUCUCAUUCCACGGCGAUGCUGAGGACGAGUUUUGCCGGAACUUACUAUCCAGGAGUGUGUUACCGCUUGUACAAUCAAGAAAACUAUUUCAACGAAAUGACCCAUGCCGAACAACCAGAAAUAUUGUGCCUUAAUCCAUGUAAUUCGUUGCUCAAGAUAUUGAGGCAGUGUCCUGGCAAGUCUUUGAAAUUUGUUGAUGGGUUUCCUCCUACUACCGAAGAAAAGGUUACCGAUGCGCUGGAAAAAUCUCAAGCGAUUAAAGAUCGAACAUUGACCACAUUAGGGGAAAACAUUGCUUCUUUGCCAUUCUCGUUUAGACAUUCACAGCUGCUUUUGCUCGGGUUGAAAUAUGGGCUACUACAAGAAACUAUAAUUAUAGUAGCGUUUCUUAUUAUUAAGAGGAACCCUUUCAAGCAUACCUCCGAUGAAACUGCCCAAAAAGUAAUUGAUGGAGCAAAACUUGAGUUUUUACAGCUUGACAGUGACUUGCUAUCAUUUUUAUUUGCAUUUAAGAUGUGGUUUUGUAAUGACUGUAGUUAUUCCUGGUGCGAAAAGAAUUUCAUUGUGUACGAUACCAUGAAGUUGGUUCAGCAGAAAGUUUCCAACAUCGUUUCUACGAUUUCGGAAUCCAUGAAUUUCGUUUUGGAAUGCAAUUAUUCGGACUCGCAAAUAUCAGCCCAUCUGAUUGAUUUAUUAUUUAAGUGCUUUUAUGACAAUUUGUGCGUCUUCACUGGCCACCACAGAAGUGGAUAUCGCAUGCUCCAUACGAAUUCACUCGCAUCGAUUCAUCCAAACUCCAUGAUCUGCCACGGGAACUAUCCCCAAUUUAUAAUUUAUGAUCAUGCCAUUAAAGGACCUAAGCAAGGUUUAUCCUUUGUCACAGCUCUGACGACCGACAUAGUACUUCAAAAUCUUGAAACUGGUUUAUUAAGUUAUAGUUAUCAAGAUUUGUUCGAAAAAUCACUCAUUCAAAGGGUCAUCGAGCAUGUGGGUGGGAAAGUAAUCAAUGAAUUGAUUAUUGGUGUAAAUGGUCAAGAAUUGAAAAAAAUAGAGAAGAAUUUGAAAAAGGAAGCUAAUUGUGAGCUAAUUUUUAUCGAACCCUCACAAGAGAAAGGGUGUAUAUUCAUGUAUGCUCCGAACGACAUCGUUGAUUUUGUUUUGUGUUCCAUACAAGAUAUUUUAGACGAAAAUCUGAAGCAAGUGUCGGACGAAGAAGUCGUCAAAGUCAUCGAGUUGAAGAAUCGGCAGAAUAAGAUGCCCAUCGAAGCGCUUUGGGGAAGGGGUGCUGAAAUCAAAUCUAUAAGCUUGGCGAUUUCAGGAAGCACUGCUAUACCGAAGAGCAUCUCGGCCACUGUCGAAGCCAGAGAUGUCGAGUUGGUUUCCGACAGCACCAACUGCAUCAAGCUGAAGUGGUUGAGACGUCCAUGCACAGGUAUCGGUUUUAUCGAUAUUGCCGGCGACGGCUUCACCGAAGUUCGUAAGUUGUCGAUGAAAGUCACUCACAUAUUGGGAACGGAUGUAUUCAUACAAAGAAGCAGUCUCGGCGAAAAUCAGUUGAAAGUGUCGGACAUUCCCGUCGAUACGACCGAAAAAGAGUUCGAGAAAGCCGUUGCGGAAAUUCUGCCCAAUGUUCAGUACAGAGUGAGCUUGAAGCAUUCACUUGCGUUUGAAACGUCAGAACAAGAUCUUCAGAAAGUGUACGGUAUUAUUCUUGAAAAUUGUGUAAAUUAUUCGAAUCUCGUUAAUUUUGAAAUAUGUGUGCAUCAACCCUUGCCUACAGAUAUCUUCAUGAAGGCAACUAUCGACGUAUUUGAAGACAGAAAUCUCGACUUGGAAGUGUAUAAUUUAUCACGUACCUUUGUAAAUGGCAUGAAAUUGUCAUGUUCGGUAUUAUAUCGCUCAAAGAUUGAGUGCAGUAUAAAUAUGUGUGUGGCACUGAAAAGUAGUUUUCAAAAGGCACUCGAGAAGCUCAAUUGUGUACUAAAUGAAAAAUAUGGACCUGAAUGUGUUUUUAAGUUUACGAUCGAUACCAUCGAUAAAGAUGAUCUUGCCGAAAUAAAAUUUUCGUCUCAAUACGAUGAAGUGGUCCAAAUGCUCCACAGGACGAUAACGAAGCUGUUAGAAGGGGAUAUCAUUAAUGCAUUUGGAAACCGGGAGGAUUUUGACAAGUUGUUCUGUCAUGGAGGACUUUUAUGGUUGAAAGCACUUGAAAAAAGUCAGAAUGUUUUCAUCAUUAUCAAUUCCCAAACAAAAGUCAUUAGGUUGUACGGGUCGGAAGAGAACUGUUAUAACGCGAGGUUGCGAAUAGGGCAAUUUCUGGAUGAUAGCAAUAAUGAAGUCAUGAAAACAAUCCAGUUGUCAAAUGAUGCGAGCAACAAAAUGUUUUUGAAAGCUUUCAUAAAGCAGUAUGGUGUUAAUCCGACUACAUUGGUUGAAGAUUGUAAUUUGCAGUCUGCUGUUUUGGACAUAAAAUCCAACAGUCUUCUGCUUCAAGGGACCACAGAAAGUAUUAGUAAGGCCGAGAACUGUCUGAACGAACUGUCUAGCACAGUGCAAAUUGGAAAUGAAAUACUUGCCCUCUCAGCUGAAUGUUGUCCAGUUUGCAUGUGUCCUGCAGACGGGGAAUCGUAUUGCCUCGAAGUUUGCGGCCAUGUGUACUGUAUUGAAUGUGUCAAUGGAUUAACGCAAGCAAAUCAGUUUCCCAUCCAAUGCUGUGCUGAAGGAUGCAGCAAGGAUUUAGUCUUAGCAGACAUCCGAAAAAUUUUGAAGAAUAAUGAAAAUGAGAUAAAUAAUUUACUUGAAAGAGCUUUGAAGGCUUAUCAAGAAAAAAACCAUGCCACUCUAUAUUUUUGUCCUGCUCCAGACUGCAAUAUGUUUGUUCUUAAAAAAUCCAACUCGGAAGCAACAUGGAAGUGCCCACUGUGCAAGAAUGAUAUUUGCAUGAACUGUAAUGUUGUAUAUCACAAAGGAUAUACAUGUGAUAUGUAUCAAGGCUCCAAAAAGGAUCCAGAUUAUUCUUUUAAGGUGUGGCAAGCAAUGACAACUAAGUGUAAGAAAUGUCCGACGUGCAACAGUGCUAUCGAAAAAAUUGAAGGCUGUAAUCACAUGACUUGUAGUAACUGUCGGGGACAUUUUUGUUGGAUAUGCCUGGCAGCCUUUUCUACUGGGGACGAGGUUUAUCGUCACAUUCAUAGUACACACCCGAACCGACUAUACGAUAAUAACUAA